AUGCCUCUUCUUGCCUCCUGGCUGCGCAUUGGUAGCCCCACAAAAAAGGUCGACGCAUGUUCUCGUUCGUCCCAGGAUUCUUUAACUAUUGUUGAGAAAGCCGACAUCCUUCAGAGCCAGAAGGCAGAUGCCAGGGAGGAAAAGGUUCAGUGGCUCGUCCGGAGUAUCGUCAACACCCACACCGAGCUACUCAAGCUUCCGCACCUUCGUCCAGCGCCAGCCAUCAAUAAGCUCUUGGGUAACCUUGUCGCCAUCUGCAGCGAGAUCCACGACCAAGAUAUUGUAGACAAGGCUGUGUUACCGUCUCUUAGACAGAUCUGUGCCCAGUCAGAAUCAUGUCUUGAGCUUCACUGGGCCGAACACAUUCUGGAAGGCCAGACCCAGCAAGAAGUCGUCGAGCGCCUCGAGAGUUUUCCAUACUAUGAGAACUAUGAGGAUUUGACCCGACUAGAAGUCUGCUCCAUCCUCUCGGCGACAAAAAAGGCACCGCGACGAGUUGCCUUCAUCGGCUCCGGCCCGCUCCCUCUCACCUCGCUAUGCCUUUUGCAGGCUCUCAAGAAUGAUGUGGCAGUGAGAAGCUUGACACAGCCAACCACCAACAACACCACCGCCACAGACAACGCAGCGAAUCAGGAGCCAAUUGUCCUCAACGUCGACUACGAUGAAGCGGCUAUCUCUGCGUCUCUCAAGUUGAGCCUUGCUCUGGGAGAGAGGGGGAAUGGAAUGGAAUUCAUCUGUGCUGAGGCAACCUCGGCUUCGGCGUCACGAGAUCUCAGCGAGUUUGACGUCGUGUACAUGGCUGCGUUGGUGGGAGUUACGCAGACAGACAAGGAGAAGAUCAUGCUGGAAGUGAUCAGUCGGAUGAGGAGAGGGGCGCUACUGGUUGUCCGCAGCAGUUGGGGCUUGAGGUCAUGCUUAUACCCAGAGGUCGACCUUGCAACUGAGACACUGCUGAAGAGGCUUGAGCCCUGUGUGGUAGUACAUCCCUAUAAUCAGGUGGUCAACUCAGUCAUCGUUGCGAGAGUGCGGUAG